CCCAAACUCCGACGGAGUCUGCUAGAAACAGAGAAAAGUAUAAACCAGCACCUCUCUCUCUCUCUCUCUCUCUCUCUGAGCCACUCUCUGCCAUUUUUCUCUCUCUUAAAAAAAAAAUUAAAAACACCCUCUUUCCUCUGGGAUUGUCGCCUCUUUUGGCGCUCGACGACAAUCGAAGUGGGUGGAGUUGUUUUUCAUCUCAGCAAGACGAGAGCCUUCCUCUCUGCUUUUUCAUCAUCAUCCCCAUCUUCCUUCUUCUUCUUCUUCUUCUUCUUCUUCUACAGCAAACCAAGUGCAAGAAAAGUUACGAGCUUCACCAUUGCAACAGUCUCUCUCUCAAGCGGUACUGUUUUUGCUUCAAUAUUUUGAAUUUAGCUGUAAAGUGGGUGGGCGUGGUUUAAAUUUUAAUCUCCCGGUGGAAUCGGGACCUUGCUUGUCUGUAGUUCGUGUAACUGUUCAUUCCCUUUAUAAAUAAUAUCUUUCUGUUUUUUUUUUUUUGGCCUCUUUCUUUUGAAAUUCUUCUCCUCUAAAGUUCGCUUUUUACUUCAUUGUUUCUUUAGAGUUUGGACCAUUUGGGGAUCUCUUUGAUCUUAGUGUUCCCCCCUGGUCGAUUUCUCUUGUCUUUUUUUUCUCCGUUCCAAAGAUUCCAAUUAAUAAAUAGUUUUUUUUUUUAAAUUCUGUUUGGUUAUCCUUGAUUGCUUCACCCAAAGUUGACUUCCCUUGAUAAAACAGAGAAAAGCUUUGAAAUUUCUGUUGCUCUUUCGAGUUCCAAGAAUUUUCGUGCUGUGAAAAGGUUUACUUUGCAUGCUCAACCAUCAUUUCCCCGUUGCUUCGGAUUUCUAACUUCAGUAGUACGUUUGUAGUUUGGCAGAGCUUUGCCUCAUGUCUUCCUCAUCCUCCCCCUCUAUUAAGAAGCAUUGUAAAUUUGUAUGAACUCCUUGUUCAAAUGCUGAUUUUGCAAGAAAUCUUCGUUUUUUGAAUGCUUCAUAAAUGGGUAUUUGGACAUGGGUGUAUGUGUUUGUGUGUGCACGUGACAGCAUGUGCAUGAGGGGGCUUUUCGUUAAGUGUGUUUUUUCCAUUAUUGGAUUCAUGUUUGAUUUUCUAGUCAUCGUUUGUCCUUUUCGUCCUAUUGCUGGGGUGGGUUUUAUCCUUCCCCGGAUAGUAAGCUCAUAUAGCUGAUAUAUUGGUCCUUCUGUAAUAGUUUUGUCGUUAUGUUCAAUUGUCUUCGCAGUUUCAUGAUCAAUUAUAUUUGAAUUUUUCUGCAAGUUCUAUGGUUAAUCAUUUACUGUUUUUCACAAUAAUUUUUCUAAAGUGGAAAUCAGAUGUUUGUAAUUGCAACAGCUGUGUCGGUGAGGAUGUUGGAGAAGAUGGAAGAAAUUAACUUGGAGAAGGUAAUAGAGGAAUUCGAGGCAAUAACGAAGGAUGCAGGAAGAGUUCAGACGGAUACACUAAAGAAAAUUUUGGAAGAAAACGCUCGUGCAGAGUACCUGCAGGAACUGGAUCUGAAUGGAAGAACCGACCCAGAAAGUUUUAAGGCUUGCGUCCCACUUGUGACUCAUAAGGAUUUGGAGCCAUAUAUUCAGAGAAUUGCGGAUGGUGACGCUUCUCUCAUUCUUACCGGGAAGCCAAUUACGACCAUCUCAUUGAGUUCUGGUACCACUCAAGGAAAGCCGAAGUAUGUGCCUUUCAACGAUGAAUUGAUGGAAACUACCAUGCAGAUUUAUCGGACUAAUUUUGCCUUCAGGAACAGAGAUUUCCCUAUUGAGAACGGAAAGGCCUUGCAGUUUGUCUACAGCAGCAAGCAGUCUAAAACAAAAGGGGGCCUGGCAGCUGGGACUGCCACGACAAAUGUGUUCCGCAACUCCAAAUACAAGAAUACAAUGAAGGGACUGCAGUCCCAGUGUUGCAGCCCUGAUGAAGUGAUAUUUGGUCCGGACUUCCACCAAUCAUUGUACUGCCAUCUCCUAUGUGGUCUAAUUUACAGGGAAGAAGUCCAGUUUGUGUCCUCUACCUUUGCCCACUGCAUCGUCCUUGCCUUCCGAACCUUUGAACAAGUUUGGGAGGAACUCUGCACUGAUAUUCGGGAGGGGGUCCUCACUAGCCGGGUAACUGCACCAUCCAUCCGAACAGCAAUGUCUAAACUGCUCAAGCCAAAUCCUGAAUUGGCUGAUUUGAUUUAUAAAAAGUGCUUGGGAUUAAAUAAUUGGUAUGGACUCAUACCAGAGCUCUUUCCUAAUGCGAAGUACAUAUAUGCGAUCAUGACUGGGUCGAUGGAACCUUACUUGAAAAAGCUGAGGCAAUAUGCAGGUGGGCUGCCCCUGUUGAGUGCUGAUUAUGGGUCUUCUGAAGGGUGGAUUGGGGUUAAUGCGAAUCCCAAAUUGCCUCCUGAGUUAGCCACCUUUGCUGUGCUCCCAAAUAUUGGAUAUUUUGAGUUUAUCCCUCUACGGCACAACACCGAGGAUCAUGAUCAAGAUGGAACUGACUUCCUUUUUAUGGAACCCAAGCCAGUGGGUCUGACUGAAGUCAAGGUUGAAGAAGAGUAUGAGGUCAUUGUCACCAAUUUUGCAGGUUUAUACCGGUAUAGGUUGGGGGAUGUGGUGAAGGUUGUGGGCUUCCACAACUCGACCCCGGAACUCCAAUUUGUCUGCAGGAGCAAUCUGAUGCUCACUAUCAAUAUUGACAAGAAUACAGAGAAAGAUCUACAGCUAGCUGUGGCAGCAGCAGCAGCCAAGUUAUUAGCCAAAGAAAAACUUGAAGUUCUUGAUUUCACUAGUCAUGUGGACAUGUUGACAGAACCUGGACAUUACAUCAUCUUCUGGGAGCUGAGUGGCGAAGCCAAUGAGGAGGUGUUGAGAGAAUGCUGCAAUUGUUUGGAUCUAUCUUUUGUUGAUGCAGGCUAUGUCAGUUCUCGAAAAGUCGGUGCCAUAGGAGCACUCGAGCUCCGAGUGGUUAGGAAGGGAACUUUCCAGAAGAUUCUAGAUCAUUAUUUGUGCUUGGGGGGUGCUGUUAGUCAGUUUAAAACACCGCGGUGUGUGGGGGCAUCUAACAAAAUGGUGUUGCAAAUACUUUCUGCCAAUGUUGUCGAGAGCUAUUUCAGUACUGCCUUCUGUUGAAUAAUUUCAUGUAAUAAUUGAUUUGGUUUAGAUCUGUUUAUGCA